AUGGAGACCAUUCCAGACAAAUGGGUUGAGUCGCAACGAUCUUGUAAGGAGGUCUAUGCAGAAUGGGAGUAUAAGCUAGGGACUGACGAGUCAGCUCGUGCUUUUCUUUCCGCUGAAUACUCCUGGUUCUUGGAUAUCUGGGAUAACUACGCCUUUCCUAUCCAGCGCGCAGAUUCGAUUCGCUAUUUCGUUCUGUACCACUAUGGCGGGAUCUACCUGGAUAUGGAUACAUGGUGCAAUCAGACUUUACCUAUGCACCAGCUCGAAUCCGAUAUGGGGAUGCAUCAUUCCCUUUUCCAAUCCACGCAACCAACAGGGGUAACAAACGACUUUCUGAUAACCUCCGAUAAGCAUCCGGCAUACGAAGCCGCGAUUGCUAAACUACCCAUGUUUAAUGCGAUUACUCAUUUCUGGGCUGAAUGGCAACCCUAUUGCGCGAUAAUGAUCUCUGCCGGACCGAUAUUUUUGACUAUGGUGUUGAAAGAAUAUUUGCUCGAGCAGCCUUCACUACCCUCGUCGACGGUGAAUGUGGUAAAUGCGACCGUAUUGGCGCCAUACAUCAUGGAUCUCGAAAGCAGCACUUGGCAUCGAGCAGACGCGAAGGUUUUGAUGUGGAUUGGACAUCGGCCGUGGAUUUGGUUUAGUAUGGGAGCUGCGGGGCUUAUUGCUGGUAUAUACGUCUUGAAUUAUGUGCUGGUUAUUUCUUGUACAAUCUUGCGGAAGGCUCUGGUUGGAAUGUGCAAGAAAAUUGACUCUAAUAUAGCUUGA